AUGGAACAAAAUCAAAAUUAUGAAACAUAUUCUUUAAUUUGGCUUGAUCAAUCAGUAAAUAAUUCAUCAGAAAAUAUUCAAGCACAAGAACAGCUACGAACAUUAAUUAAUCAUUUAGUUACAUUUGAAAAUGAACACGAUUGUUUUCAUUACAUUCGAUCUAUUGAUAAAGGUGAUCGAGUUGUUCUUAUUGUUAGUGGUCAUCUUGGCUCUGUUAUCGUCCCUAAACUUAUUGGAUUAAGACAACUUGCUUCAAUUUAUGUUUAUUGUAAAAAUAAAAAAAACAAUCAAUUAUGGGCAAAUCAAUUUAACAAAGUAAAAGCUGUUGUGACUCGAUUAGAUGAAUUAAUUGAACUAAUUCGUAAUGAUAAAACUAAUGAAAAAGAUGAACAUUUACCAUUGUCUAUACUUCAUGCUAAUAAUGGUGAUAAACAACGAUCAACUAGCGAUUUAAAUGGUGAUUUUCUACAUUUUCAAAUCUUAAUUGAUUGUUUAAUGAAAAUGAAAUAUUAUGAUAAUGAUAAAAAUGAAUUAAUAACAUUAUGUAAACAACAAUAUAAACGAAAUCCUAAUGAAUUAAAAAAAAUCAAUGAAUUUGAAAAAGGAUAUAAAUCUGAACAUGCAUUAUGGUGGUAUACAAGAGAUUCAUUUUUAUAUAAAAUGUUAAAUAAAGCACUUCGAGUACAAAAUAUUCAUUUAUUAUAUCUUUUUCGUUUUUUAAUUCGUCAUAUUGGUAAACAAUUAACAAAAAAUCGAUGUCAAACAUCAAUUCGUGUUUAUCGUGCACAAUUAAUGACAAAUAAUGAAAUUGAAAUGAUGCAAAAUUCUCUUGGAGAAUUUAUUUCAAUCAAUUCAUUUUUCUCAACAUCAUUUAAUUAUGAUAAAGCUCGAGAAUUUUUCUUAAAAACUGAUAAUUUAAAUGAAUAUAAACGAGUUUGUUUUGUAAUUGAUGCUGAUCCAACCAUUGAAAAUGUUAAUGCAUUUGGUGAUAUAUCACGUGUAAGUUUCUAUCCUGGUGAACGUGAAGUUCUUUUUAUGAUUGGUUCGAUAUUUCGAUUAGUUAAAAUAAGAUACGAUGAAUACGGUAUUUUAAUUAUUAAAAUGAAAUUAUUUUCAAUGAAUGAUCAAAGUCUUAAAGAACUUUAUCAACAUAUGCAAAAACGUGGCAAAAAUGGCGAAACAAAUUUAUUAGAUUUUGCUGAUGCUUUAACAGAUAUGAGUAAAUGGGAUGAUGCUCAAAGAUAUUAUGAAAAAUAUUUAGAUGAAGUUUCUUCUACAAAAAUUGAUAUUGAUAAAUGUUAUGCUGGACUUGGAAAUGUAGCUUAUGAAAGAGGUGAUUUAGAUUCAAGUUUAAAAUGGCAUUAUAAAGCAUUGAAAAUCAGAAAUCAAACAUUUAAAGCAGACAGUCAAUGUAUUGGUGAAAGUUAUAAUAGUAUUGCAAAUGCUUAUCAAAAGAAAAAAGCAUUUCCUAAUGCAUUAGAAUCAUAUGAGACAGCAUUAAAAAUAUUUCGAAGAAUAUUUGGUAAUGAACAUAUAUAUGUUGCAACAUGUAUGAAUAAUAUGGGUAAUACUUAUAUGGGUAUGAAUAUGUAUCAAGAUGCUUUACAAUAUUAUGAAAAUGCUUCAGUUAUUCUUAAGAAAAAUCUUCCUGCUGAUCAUGUUAAUAUUGGAAGUACAUAUAAAAAUAUUGGGAAUGUUCUUUCAAGUUUAGGUCAUUACGAGCAAGCAUUAUCAUAUUUAAAUUCUUCAUUAGAAAUAUAUAAAAAAUCUCGUCCUUCAUUACAUCCUUCAAUUGGCUCAGUAUUAAGAUAUAUCGGUCUGAUUUAUCAAACUAUCAAAGAUUAUCGACAAGCACUAAGUUAUUUUGAAAAAGCAGCUGUGAUUUUUCAUCAUUCAUAUCCUCCAACACAUCCAGAUGUUAUUGAAAUUGAUAAAAAUCUUCGGCAAAUCGCUUCAAAAUUAAAAUAA